UUUCAGCAUCGUGCAACCUACCGAACAGCAGCUAGCAAUUGACAGCAAGAAUCACCCAUGAUCAAUCCUAGACCCAGUAAAGUUUGAGUGUUUUGAAUCCUGUACCGUGUUUUUACUGACACGCUGGGGGGCUCUGUGUUCUGCUUCCAUCAUGUCGUCCGGAAAGAUGGGGCUGUAUCGCACACAGCCGCGAGACUUCAGCAACCUUUUUCAAACAUGCAGCUCUAAUAUUCAGAAAAUAACACACAACACUGGCCAAAUCAAAUCCAUGCUGUUCCAGCUUGGUAGCAGACCAGACACUCCUGAACUUCAGGACAGACUUCAGCAGAUGCAGCAUUACACAAAUCAGCUCGCCAAAGAGACCAAUAAGCACCUGAAAGAACUGGGCUCUUUACCUCUACCUCAGUCUCCUUCAGAACAGCGCCAGCAGAGGAUCCAGAAGGACCGGCUGAUGAACGAAUUCUCUGCAGCUCUCAACAACUUUCAGGUGGUGCAGCGUCGAGCAGCCGAGAGGGAAAGAGAGUCAAUGGCCAGGGCUCGAGCUGGCUCACAUUUCCUGGUUGAAGAAAGCAACCAAGAAGAGCAACUUGUAACUUUUGAAAAGAAUGAAGACUCAGGGCUGUUCCAGAGUCAGGUUGAAGAGGAACCCAUCACAUAUGAGGACUUGGAACUGAUCAAAGAGAGAGAAACCAACAUCCGGCAACUAGAGGCAGAUAUCAUGGAUGUGAACCAAAUUUUCAAAGAUCUGGCGGUUAUGAUUCAUGACCAGGGCGAUAUCAUAGAUAGCAUAGAGGCUAACGUAGAGAGCUCAGUGGUGCACGUGGAGCAUGGGACGGAGCACCUACAGCGCGCUGCCUACUACCAGAGGAAAUCACGCAAGAGGAUGUGUAUUCUGGCUUUAGUGCUGUCCUUAGUGGUGACUGUCUUCGCCAUUAUUAUUUGGCAAGCUACCAAAUAACGUGAUCACACGUUUGAAUUUGGUGCAGUUUAAGAUAUCCAGUGCUGGCUGGUCGCUGAGUGUUUUUGACCGUGUAUCGAAUAACAAAGAAUUGCUUUUAUUAUUUAUCCAUAUGUACACUUAAUAUUGACAGCAUCUUGCAUGUCCAGUGUUGCUUUUUACAUCAUUAUAGGGCAAGUUGAGUCUUGUGCAUUAUCCAAGUACUAUGCAAUAUAGUAUGAGGGGUGACAGUUCAGUCAGUGAAAAUUCAGUGAGCAAACGUGAAGUCGAGGAAAAUGCAAGCGAACGGAACUGCGAUUUGAUAGAAAUAAAAUUCUAUUAAAACUGCAGGUUUUCUGAAAUAAGCACCACGUUAUUAUGUUUUUCAUUUGGUGGAGGUCAGUUUUUUGCUUUCUUGUAGACCUAUUUAAAAUUAGAUUAAAAGUAAAUUAUUUCUGCUCAGUUUAUGCUUUUCAAUAUCAACUAUUUUACUUGUUGUUUAGCCUUUUUGGUAUUUAUCAAAAUUAUAAUCAUUUGUGAACAACAGAUACAUAUAUUUAGAUUUUUUUCAGAUUUUAUUCAAUUAGAAUUGUUUUUUUUUUUUUUCUUUUUCAAUUAAACUCCAUAGAUUAUAGCAACAGGUGGAAUCAUGAUACUAUAUGGGUGAUGAUUGUGCACAUGUUUGCAGCCCAACAAACAAUGAAAUGUGUUUGCAAAUUCUCUAUUUAUAUUGGUUUCACACAUGGUAGCACAAUCUAUAUAAGAUUAAAGAACUGUCAUGCCUGUGUAAUUUACCCAGUGUAGUUGUCCAGACGAGCAAAUUAAAGCUUGAUCAUCUGUUCUUUAAUGUUAUAUAUGGCUUUAUUUGAAAUCUGUUGUGCAAGGGUACAGAAUGAACAACAGAUAUGUGUCAUUAACCCUAAUGUAAAUUGCUCUAAUAAAGAUGUGGGACAUGUUGUAUAAGUAGUUACUAAUGAUAUUUUUGUCUCAAUCAUACUGUAAAUUCUGAAAGUGGUUUGGUGAUAUUUAUUUUGUAUAAUAGCAUUAUUGUUAUCUUUAAGGAAAUGCAUUUUUUCAACAUGUACGUAACAUAAGUGGCCAUUCAUAUGAGGAAGCUACUGUGGGACUUUCAGAGAAUGUUGGGAAUAAUUUAAUGUAUGUUUGUGCAUUGUGUGUUUGAUCGUUUUCUUUUUCAGUUCAAAAUGAUAUUAAUCUGAGUUCAGUAACUAAAACCUAUAACUACAAUAAUCACUUGAGAUUAGCGUAAACCUGAUAGACUGUGAAUGUCUUAGUUUUUUUUUUUUUAAGGAAAAUAUGAUUUGUUAACAUUACUGAUGUUUUUGAUGAAGUUUAACUUCCAAUGUGUGCAACACACUUGUAACACAAUAACACAGCUUAGAGUUCUUAAGAGUGAAUGUUCUUGUGACUAUUACCAGUCAUAUUUAGUAAAGUAUCACAAUCAGAUUGUAGCUGCAGCUUCUAUCUAAUGAUUUUGAAAAUUAUAUUAAGUUUAUCUAUAUUAAUUUUCUGGGUUUUAUUAAUUUUAUUUUUUAAAGAUCGGCAUGUCGAUUACAGUAAACUAGGGUGGGAAAUGUAAUAUUCAAGCUUUCAUUAUAAUCAAUGUAAUGAUUCCCCUCAGUCUCUCACUUUGCACCGGUCUUUCUGUAUAUAUUAAACAAAUGAGAACUUC